GUUGGCAUGUUCUCCUGCAGAUGGCUUUUGGCUUUCACAGCUGAAAGUUCUGAUCGGUGUGGAAAAUAAGAACAGGAGAAUAAAAUCAAAAUGCAGGUUAACAUCCUGAGUAAAUUGCCCCAAAAUCUCAAGGUCUCCUCAGCUGUCAGGAACCAAUUGGUCAAUUGCAGAUGGUACUCUGACAGUGCUGAAGCUGACCUUGUAGUCAUUGGCUCCGGUCCUGGAGGAUAUGUGGCAGCUAUCAAAGCUGCCCAGUUGGGAAUGAAAACAGUUUGUGUUGAAAAGAAUGCAACACUUGGGGGCACAUGCCUCAACGUAGGCUGUAUUCCUUCUAAAGCAUUGCUGAAUAAUUCUCAUUAUUAUCAUAUGGCCAAAGCAGAAUUCAAAAACAGAGGAAUAGAUGUAACUGGACUUUCACUGAACCUUCCACAAAUGAUGAAAGCCAAAGAAACAGCUGUAAAAUCUUUGACUGGUGGCAUUGCUCAUCUUUUCAAGAGCAAUAAAGUUACACAUAUCAGAGGACAUGGUAAAAUUACAGGUUCAAAUGAGGUUACUGCCCUAAAAGAAGAUGGAACCCAGGAAGUUGUUAAAACAAAGAACAUUUUAAUUGCUACUGGUUCCGAAGUGACACCUUUCCCCGGUAUCGAUAUCGAUGAAGAACAGAUUGUCUCGUCUACCGGUGCACUUUCAUUGAAAGCGGUACCUGAAAAAAUGAUUAUCAUCGGAGCUGGAGUCAUUGGUUUGGAAUUGGGAUCAGUGUGGUCUCGGCUGGGUGCCAAGGUAACGGCUGUUGAAUUUAUGAAUCAAAUUGGAGGUUUGGGCAUUGAUCAAGAAAUGGCCAAAUCUUUCCAAAGAAUUCUGACAAAACAACACAUGCAGUUUAAGUUGGGAACGAAAGUGCUAGGAGCGCAGAAAACCGGUGGUAAAAUCAUUGUCAAUGUGGAAAAUGUGAAAUCCGCUAAGCAAGAAGAGAUGGAGUGCGACGUUCUGUUGGUGUGCGUUGGUCGCCGACCAUUCACGAAGAAUCUAGGAUUGGAGGAAUUGUCUAUCGAACUCGAUCAACGAGGAAGAAUUCCAGUCAAUUCACGUUUCCAGACCGUUAUUCCCAACAUUUACGCUAUUGGUGACUGUAUCCUUGGCCCUAUGUUGGCUCACAAAGCUGAAGAUGAAGGCAUUAUCUGUGUAGAGGGUAUUGCGGGUGGAUCCGUUCACAUAGAUUAUAACUGCGUACCUUCCGUCAUCUACACGCAUCCAGAAGUUGCUUGGGUUGGAAAGUCAGAAGAAGACUUAAAGUCUAUGGGAGUGGAAUACAAAGUCGGCAAAUUCCCUUUUGCAGCCAACAGCCGCGCCAAAACGAACGAUGAUACGGAUGGCAUGGUCAAGAUUCUCGGUGACAAAACAACUGAUCGUCUUCUUGGAGCACACAUAAUUGGACCUGGUGCUGGCGAAAUGAUCAACGAAGCUGCGCUUGCUAUGGAAUAUGGCGCCUCAUGCGAAGACAUUGCCCGCGUUUGCCACGCCCAUCCGACCUGCUCGGAAGCGCUGAGAGAAGCCAGUCUUGCUGCCUUCUCCGGCAAAGCCAUUAAUUUCUCUUAAGCGAUAGUAUGCUUAAAUUUUUAAUUUAGAUGAUAAUAUGGAUUCUCCCCAUUCUUUAACUGCAGUCCUUGUAUAAGAUUGUAUGUGUGUAAAAAAGAAACAAGCCUAAAUAUAAGCGCCAGCCACA